AUGCCGUUGAAGUUGUUGGAGGCAACAGUGUCGAGUUUUGAUGGUGUUUUUGAGAAGUUCCGAUCAGAGGCUGCAGAAAACAAGGCGAAUCUCAUCCUUUUCUUGGCUGACAAAGACCCUGCUACCUCUCUCAGCUGGUGCCCUGAUUGUGUGAGAGCAGAACCUGUGAUCUACAAGAAGCUGGAGGCGUCAUCUGAUGACAUUGCACUUUUGAGAGCUUAUGUUGGAGAUAGACCAACAUGGAGGAACCCCAAGCAUCCAUGGAGAGUGGAACCUAGGUUCAAGCUCACUGGGGUGCCAACAUUGAUCCGUUGGGACAAUGACACGGUCAAAGGUCGCCUAGAAGAUCACGAAGCUCAUCUAGAAAACAAAAUUGAAACUCUUGUUGAAAAGUGACAAACGAUUCACGGUGCAUGGUUUUAGUUGGUACUGCAUAUAGUUUAAACAAUGUGUGAUGUACUCAUAUCAGCAAUUUAUCCCUCUCAUACUUUAUAAACUUGCUGCUAAAGCAUAUAAUAAAAGGUGAUAAGGGAUGGCUAUAAACGAGGGUAGGUUCUUUUAGCUUAUUUUGUGGCUUUGAGCACUACAAAUUUACUGGUUAGUCCAAGGUAAUGUUACCUAUAGUGUUUUUGCAGACUGAAAAUGCCAGUUAAACGAAUUUUGAUUCAGAAUUCA